CCUCUGUUUUGCCUGAACACAAGCAAGUGACCAUAUUCUUUGAGCAAUGGAAGGAGUACUAGUUAUACGCCACUGGGUGGAAACUCCUGUACGUUAUCAGGAGCAUUUUGCUGAGCAAGAUCUUGAAGCAUGCAGGUUAAACCAUCGCCUGUAUGCCUUGCCAGGCCCAGACACAGCUGUUCAGGGAAAGAGCACACAGGCAACGAAGAGCACAGCAGAGGCAGCACAAAAGGGCACAGAGGAAGGAAAGCCCCAAUUUCAAGUCUUGCUAGACAUUGUGCAAUUCCGUCCUGAAGACGUUAUCAUUCAGACCUUUGAAGGCUGGCUCCUGGUUAAAGCUCAGCAUGGACCUAGGAUGGAUGAACAUGGCUUUAUAACCAGAAGCUUUACUAGACAAUACAGAUUGCCAGAGGGAGUCGAAACAAAAGAUCUGACUGCUCUCUUCUGUCAUGAUGGCAUUUUGGUUAUUGAAACCAAGACCUUGGCAGAGAAUUAAUGAUGAGACUUUUCAUCACUGGUGAGACAAUAUGAUUUCCACUGCAACUUGAACAAUCUGUGCAUGCAGA